UCUCACCAAUGGGGAGAAGACUUGCUGUCAUCCCAGAAAGUAAUCCUUGCACCUAGCCAUCCCCCCCAACAGUGAAAAUGGCGUCUACAGACUAUGGCUAUGAAAAGAGCCUUAAAAACCCUAAACCCCACCAUUCUCAUAGUCCUGACCUCCCAAAGCCGCCACCUCAACAGCUUUGCCUCCGCCGGGCAACCCGAACCUGACAGCCCAUCUUCAUCCUUCACCUUUUCCUCUAGUGAAACUGCGCCCACCUCGAUAUCCAACAAAGACGACAAUAUAUACAUCAAAAACCCCAAAAAGACAGGAUCUUCUGUUACGAUGCCGAUUUCAUUCAUGACUGGGUCGAUCGUCGGUGGAAGGUUUUACGAAAAGUUGACUACUAGAGAUGCUAAUGAUGGAAAUAGAUGGAAUGUUAUGUUAGAUUAUCGAACCCUAAAAACUCCUUCAAAGAGACCUCUCAAUUGUUCAACUUUAGCUCUUGCUAAAGCCAUUGCUGCUGAAUGGGAGUUUCAGCAAAUAGAUGGAAUCAGACCAUCUACAAUGCCUCUUAUGAAACUUACAUGCACCGCAUUGGAAAGAGUGCCACUUACUCGGUACAAAAUUAUCGAAUAUUUGAUGAAAAAAUUCCGUCAAGAUUUGUUCUGCCGUGCUCCAAGAGACAGUGAUCUAACAAGCAAUGUUCUAGAACGCCAAGUGGAGAAGCUUGAUCCUUUACUCAAUUGGGUUGAGUCAGAAUUUGGUUUUAAGCCUAUUGUAUAUUCUAGGUUUUUUGGUGGCAAACAGGAGGAAGGUCUGGUUGAUACCAUUGAGAACCUUCUUAAAAAGACAGAUGAUUAUGAGUUGGCGACAAUUGAUGCAAUUGCUGCUUCUGCGCAUUCGUUAGUCAUUGCACUUGGAAUCUUUUGUGGUCGAUUGGACAUAGAACAGGCAAUUGAGUUGAUCAGAUUGGAGGAAGAUUUACAGGUUGACCGGUGGGGUUUAGUUGAAGGCGGCCACGAUGUUGAUACUGCUGAUCUUCGAGUACAAGUCUCAGCUGCUACAGUGUUUAUCGGACUUUCAAGGAAGAUUAGUUACUGACUAUUUUCUUUAACUUUGAUUAGUUAUAACAUGAGAAUAAGCUUUCCCAUUUUGCUCAUAGCAAUACUUCCCCUUUGUUUGUAACUUUCCAAUGCACUUAGCACAGAUAUUUGGCAUAUAUUGUGGCAUUUUUACUAAUUUGAAUUUUUGUAUCAACCAGUGUGUUUCGAAUG